AUGGGGUUCCAUUUCUUUAGCCAUGCCAAGCCUAAUACUAAUGGUCACUCUAUGCUAGGAUCCACAACAAAUGCUAAAGUUUCUGAGUGGUCUCCCAUGGUGAUGUGCAAGGGUCUGGUAGCAAAACUGGCAGGGAGUCCCCCUGUGACAGACCCAUCAAGCUGGCAGAAAGUGAUUGGGGUCUUUAAUCUCCUGAUGGAUAUUCCCAUCUUCCCCACUAAUUCUGGGCUGACCAUGCAGCGGGUACAGCCUGAGUCCAGUAAAGCUGCUAAUUUUACUUUCUUCCCAGUACCUGAAAAAUGUGAAGAACCUCUGGUCUCGAGCUUAGCACCCUCCUUCUUCAGCAGUUCAUCAUCUCUGUCAUCUACGUCAAAUAGCUAUUCACCAGGGUUUGCCAAACUAAACAAACGAGGAGGUGCUGGAGGCUGGUCCCCAUCAGAAAGUAACCAUUACCAGUGGCUGCAAGUGGAUUUUAGCAAUAGGAAACAGAUCGGCUCAAUUGCUACUCAAGGCAGAUAUAGUAGUUCUGACUGGGUAACUCAGUACCGAAUGCUUUACAGUGAUACAGGGAGAAAUUGGAAGCCAUAUCACCAAGAUGGAAAUGUUUGGGCAUUUCCUGGAAAUGUAAAUUCUGACACUGUGGUACGACAUGAUUUACAGCAUCCAGUUACUGCCCGCUACAUUCGGAUACUUCCUCUGGAAUGGAGUGGAGAGGGUCAAAUUGGUUUGAGGAUCGAGAUCUAUGGCUGUCCUUAUUGGGCUGAUGUUAUCAAUUUUGAUGGCCAUGCUGUAUUACCGUACAGAUUUGGACACAAGAAGAAAACAUUGAAAACGCUGAAAGAUGUCAUCGCUUUGAAAUUUAAAACCAUUGAAAGUGAAGGUGUACUCUUUCACGGAGAAGGCCAGCAAGGAGAUUAUAUCACCCUAGAACUGAAAAAGGCCAAACUGUUUCUUAAUUUAAAUUUAGGUAGCAAUCAGUAUGGUUCAAUUUAUGGACACACAUCUGUGACCACAGGUAGUCUUUUGGAUGAUCACCAUUGGCAUUCUGUUUUAAUAGAGCGUCAUGGGAGAAACAUCAAUCUCACCCUUGAUAGGCAUUUGCAGCAAUUUCGGAUCAAUGGGGAAUUUGACUACUUGGAUCUGGAUUAUGAGAUAACAUUUGGAGGUAUGCCUUUUUCUGGGAAGCCCAGUUCAAACAGCAGAAAGAAUUUCAAAGGCUGCAUGGAAAGCAUAAUCUACAAUACCAAUAAUAUCACAGAUAUGGCCAAAAGGAAAAAGUUGGAACCUUCUAUUGGGGGGAAUUUAAGCUUUUCCUGUGUGGAGCCUCAAACAGUGCCAGUAUUUUUCAAUGCUACUAGUUUCCUGGAAGUGCCUGGCCAUCCAAAUCGUGAAUUAUUCUCAGUCAGCUUUCAAUUUCGGACAUGGAAUCCAAAUGGAGUUUUGUUGUUCAGCAAUUUUGCUGAAGGAUUGGGUAGCAUACAGAUUGACUUGACUGAGGGAAAAGUCAAUGUCCAUAUCAAUGUUACUGGAGUGAAGAAGAAUAAAAUCAAGAUAUCUUCAG